UGUCUUGUUUCUAACAGCCUGAAGGUGUGAUGAGUUUGCGUAAUGUCCUCCUAAAUAAAGAGGGACGCAGGCCAACUAAGGUGGUGGUGGCUGUUGUUAGUGGGGAAGGUUGUGAAGAUACCCAGAGGUCAAAAUGCAAAUCCCUUGAUACGUGCCCUUUAUGCCAUGCUCACCAGUACUGUGACUGGGAAAAUAAUCAAUGUGAUGUUACUCACAAUGGAACAAAAGUCACACUGGAAUCGCCUGCAGCAGCAGAACCUGAACCCAACUUGCCUGGACUAGAGCAAAGUGAACACCGCAGAGCAUUUGGUAGUGGAACAAGCAAUGCCCUUCAUUCCCAUAGGCCCUGUGAACCAACAUGUGCACAGAGGACCUCCUGUAAAAAUUGUACUGAAACUAAAGGUUCAUGUAUGUGGUGCUUCAAUCAGCGGCGUUGCGUCAAUAACAAUUCUUAUCUUGUUAGUUUUCCGUAUGGUCAGUGUAGAGAGUGGACAACUGAGCUGAAGAGAUGCCCUAAGUUUGAAAGUGAAAAGGAUGUUGAAUAUAGUCGUUGUAGUGAUCAUCAGACCUGUCAUGAUUGUCAAGCAGAUGUAGCAUGUGGAUGGUGAUUUGUGAUGAUGGUAGUGGAACAGG